AUGCUGCAUCAGUAUAGCGAGAGUCUUCCGCAAAUCACUUGGAGACCGUAUACUGCGCCGCAGAAUGGUUGGGGUAUCGAGUUGGAUACGCCUGUCUGUGCCGAGGCGCAGAGUAUUGUGUCGGAGGAUAUCUGGCUCGAGUCCAGAAGAAAGUAUCAGCAUCUCCGGGACGACAAAUUCACUUUGGUUAUUUCGACGUACAAGCGACCUGACAGUCUCAAUGCGACAUUGACUCUUGUCCUGAGUGAAGAGAUCCCAACGCUGCACGAAAUCGUCGUCGUCUGGAACGAAGUCAACACGACAGCACCAACCGACUUCAUCUCAGACUACGGUGUCAGGGUGCGAUUCCGAGUUUCGCCGCGCAACAGUCUCAACAUGAAGCUCUGGAAUGAUCCCAAGAUCCGCACCCAGGGCAUCCUCUUGUCCGACGACGACUGCCACUACGAGCCUGAUGAUAUGGGCUUCAUCUUCAACUACUGGAAGGAGCAUGCCCAGGAUCGCAUCGUGGGUGCAUUCCCACGUGCUUACACCAUCGGCGAGGAUGGUCAGUACAAGUACAGCUUUGCCAGAGGCUGGGACAGGUACUCAAUGGUCCUCACGGGUCUUGCCUUUGCACACAUCUCAUUCCUCGACUAUUACUCAUCUGACGACCCUCUCAUGACCGAUAUUCGAAACCUGAUUGACGAAAAGUUCAACUGCGAAGACAUUGCCCUCAACUUCAUCGUGUCUAUGUUGACAUGCAACAGCCCGUUGCAGGUCGUGGGCCUCAAGCACCCCAUCAACGCUGGAGGAAAGCACGGCAUCAGCACUAAGAAGGGACACAUUGGGAAGAGACAUUCGUGUGUCAACGACUUUGCCAACAUGAUGGGGUACAUGCCUCUGCGGAAUGCGACGCAUUACAUCCACCGCGGCCGCCAAAGGUGA